GCGCCGUGACGGUUUUAACCACACAAGGUCAUACGCACGUGGGUCUGCUCGGCUGUCUUCUGGUAUUUUGUGCGUGAGCAUAGUGGAUUUAAACACCUUCGUCUUUGUCUGCAACGUUAUUUAUCAAAAUUAACAUUGAUUACAGUUUGGAUCUACCUUGACAAUGGCAAGAGGAAGUCGCAGUCGUACUUCACCGGCACCAGCGAGUGCUCCUGCCCCAUCUUAUGCUCCAGCCCCAGCACCACCUCCUCCAAUGGCAGUGGCCCCUGCUGCAGCCCAGCCCAAGCAACCAGGCCUCAUGGCCCAGAUGGCCACCACAGCUGCUGGAGUGGCCGUCGGCUCAGCCGUAGGACAUGUGAUGGGCAGUGCCAUCACAGGUGCUUUCAGUGGCGGCAGCAGCAGCUCAGAGGCACCCAAACCAGCACCCACAUAUCAGGAGCCCUCACGACUCCCAGCAUCUCAGCCAGGCCCGUGUCUCUUUGAGGUGCGGCAGUUCCUGGACUGUGCCACGACUCAAGCUGAUCUCAGCUUGUGUGAAGGUUUCAAUGAAGCUCUUAAGCAGUGCAAACUCUCACAUGCGCACGUGGCUUGCUGUACAUAACGGAAGGGGCGGAGUUACCGGCAGUGAUGGUGAUUGGCAAAACAAUUGUAAAAAAAUGGAGAAUAGGACAACUAGCGAAACUUCUGUGAAGACAGCACCUUACAAAAGUGAGUUAAACGCUUUACCAUCAUACCAUGCUGUGUGAACACAGUAUGUAUUUUAUUGAGAUAGAAGUGUUGAACUGAGGUUGGCUAAUGCGCUAAAGCUACCGGCAACACAAUGCUUGGGUUUGAAACUUCUCUCCCAUCAGCUGUUAAACGGCAAACGCUUCCGUGUAGUAAAAAACGUUAAGUGUUCCAUUUGGAACGAUACUACACUUUGAAAAUUCAUACACUGCAUGGCUGAGUGCAUAGUACAUUUUGUAAGUGCAUAGUGUAUUAUGUGUUGUUUGGGAAACAGCUCCUGUCUUCACGUUGUAGUGUGGACAGGCAAAACAGAGAUAUUCAAAAACAAUGAUGCAUUUGUUAUCAUGUUACGCAGUAAUAUCAACAAUCAAGAUGGCAGCCCAUGUUGUAGCGGCGUUGUUGUGCCUGCUAUCCACACAGCGUUGUUAAAGAUAAAUGUACAACCUUAACACAACGGGAAGUUUAUUCGGAAUUGCUGUCCGGCGGCGGAACACGACGAUAAUUGUGUUUCAGACCAUACAUGGAAAUAACGAAGGGCCACGCUUACAUUUAAGCAUGUACAGUAAGGGGAUUUAAGAUUUUUAAAACGUUUCAGUCUGGAGGAGUAACUUUUAGGAAACGUUUGAAAAUGGCAGUUUGGGCGGAGUGUUUCGAAAACGACAACGGCAUUUUCAAAUUCAUACAGAUUAAUGUGGAUGUAGCCUAAGAUUGUUUGAAACAGUUUUGUAAGAAGUACUCAGUCUUUAUACUUAUUGUACUAAUUGUAAUUUGUCAUAUAACUGUCUACUGUUUGCCUUUGAAUGACUUUUU